AGUUAAGAAAUCCAGCAAGUACCAGCCAGAGGUUAGCGAGCUAACUAAAACUUGAUGAGCACUGUAGUAGUCCAAAGGCGAAGGCUUGGGGCGCGAGCGUGCGCUUAUAAGGGGCUCCCGACACGACCUCACAACUCUAACCUUAAAUCAUCAUAGACACAGAUAUUAAUAAAUAAAUAGAGAGUUGGCAACAUUGCUUGUGUGGUCUUGUUUGUCAUUUGUCAAUGUUGUUGUAAUUUGGCCUUUUUGGGGUAUUAAUCAAAACAAAUUUUAAAAUAUUGUAAUGCCAUUUCUUUAGUAUUACCUACAUAGUUAUUCUGACGUUUGUUUACUUUUGUUGCAAUAAUUCUGUGUUGUGAUUGUGACUUACUGCCAGAAGUAUACAGGUUAAUGAAUGAGGAUCAGACACAUGCUUAAAUUAAGAAUUGAAACCUAUCGUCAAUGUGUGAAAUUUCGUGUAUUGAAAUCUAAAAUUAGAUGUCUUGGAGAGUGUAGCGAAAGAAGAAAAUGGUGCUUGGCACGUCGACGGCGGGCGGCCGACGGGCCAGCGCUGCGGUGCAGCUGAGAGAGGUGGCGGAGGGCGGCUUUAGCGGUGCGGAGAUCGUGACGAUGGAGAGUCAGGCGGAGGCGGCGCGCGCGCUGCACGAGCGACUCGUGGCGUACGUGCACGCCGUCGCCGGCGAGGCGCGCCGCGGGGACGUGUGGGUGGAGCACUCGUACGCGCGCGCGCGCGACCAGGCGCACGAGGCGCGCGAGCUGCUGGCCGCGCGCGCGCCGCCCGACUGCGCCGACGUCGACGUCGAGCGACUAGACCCUGCGCCGCCGCCCCCGCUCGAGCCGUCCGACACCGCCGACGACGCCCUCGACGCCCUGGACGAGGACGAGGACGCGUCCGACGACUGGGAGGCCAAGGUGGCCGCCAUCGCUCCCAGCGCGGCGCACGCGCGCCUCGCGGCCGCGGCCGCCGACACGCUGCGGGGGCUGCGGCUGGCGCGGCUCGCCGGCGGGCCCGCGGCCGAGCACACGCGGGCGGCCGCGCGCCGGCUGCGGAUGGCGCUGGCGCCGCUGUGGGUGUGGUCGGGCGCGCCGCUGCCGAAGCCGGCGCCGUGGCUGCACGCGGCGCUGCUGGCGCACCUGCCGCGCUCCCUGCGGCAGCUGUACGAGGCGAUGGUGUCGGAGAUGCGCCGCACGACGCCGCGCCUGGCGGAGCGCCUGGCGGCGGGGCGGCUGCCGGCGGCGGCCGAGGACCCGCUGGCGGCGGUGGGGCCGGCGCGCGGGCCGGAGGCGCCGGGCCCGCUGCUGGUGUGGGUGGGCGUGGGGGCGGGCGCGGCGGACGCUCGCUGGACGCGGCGGCUGGCGGCGCUGCUGCACCUGCGGGAGGUCCGCGCGAGCGCGGUGGGCCCCCCGGACGCGUGGUGCGCUCAAGUCGCCGCUUCGAUACGCACAGACUUACAAGAAACGAUCACAGAAGCGGGGUCCCGCGGCGUGGUGGUGUGCGGCUGCGGCGCGGGCGCGGCGCUGGCGGCGGCGCUGCUGAGCGCGGGCGGCGCGGUGGCGGGCGCCGCGCUGCUGGCGCCGCCGCUGCUCACGGCGGAGGGCGAGUGGUCGCUGCGCGAGCUGCGGGCGCCCGCGCUGCUGGUGGCGGGCAGCGGCGCGGCGGGCUGCUGGCGCGGCGCGGCGCGGCGCGCGGCGGGCGCGGGCCGGCGGCGGCUGCUGCUGGUGGCGGGCGCGGACGACGCGCUGACUCUGCCGCACUCGCACCGCGCUCGGCUGCGUCUCCCGCAGCACGCGCUCGACGCCGCUAUCGUGGAAGAGGUGUAUCGUUGGGCGCUGGAAGCCGCGGAGCUGAGCGAGCGCGCGGCCGACUCGCCCGAGCACUCGGCCGAGCUCACUCGCCCCGACACGCCGCCCGCGCCCGUCGCAGUCAUGACCACGCGAUCCAACCGAUCUAUUGAAAUAGUCGAGGGCCGCGUGGUGACGCGCGUGUCGGGCAACACCCCGCUGGCGCUGCUCCCGCCGCGGCGCGCGCGCCGCUCGGAGCGCUCGGAGCGCGCCGAGCCGCCGAGCGCCGCGAGCGGGGCGAGCGCUCCGAGCGCCGCCGACAUCCUGCACAUGCCCAUCGUGUUCGCGGACGACGCCGCGCCCGCCGCCAGCGCGCCGCUCACCGUCACCAGCGGCGACGCCAGGGGUCAGAGCGGGCGCAUCACGCGCGUCAUUGUGGCCAAGCGCGGCCGCCCGCCCGGAGCCGGGCCCGGGGCCGGCGCCGGCGCCGGACGAGACAAGCCGGCGCUGGUUUUGCGGCGCACUGAUUGAACACACAUUGUAACCUUCAUGAAAACUGCGAGUCAUACUGUAAAAAUGAACUUCCUUUGUAAGAAUAAUAAAGAUAUGAAAACUAUUA